CGGAGGAAGUGAGACGGCUUUUGAUUGGGCGCCUGCACCACGGAAGCGCCAGACCGAACCGACGUGUGGAAGCUGGCAGUAUGCUCCUGUUCUGCCCGGGCUGCGGGAACGGACUAAUUGUGGAGGAGGGGCAGCGUUGCCAUCGCUUCGCCUGCAACACUUGCCCCUACGUCCAUAAUAUCACCCGUAAGGUAACAAACCGAAAGUAUCCAAAGCUAAAAGAAGUGGAUGAUGUGCUUGGUGGAGCAGCUGCAUGGGAGAAUGUGGACUCUACUGCAGAGCCAUGUCCAAAAUGUGAACAUCCCCGUGCCUACUUCAUGCAGCUUCAGACCCGUUCUGCUGACGAGCCAAUGACCACCUUCUAUAAGUGCUGCAAUGCUCAGUGUGGACAUCGCUGGAGGGAUUAAGGGCAGGACUUGUCCAGCUGCAAGCAUGAAUUUUGUGUACUGAAGGUCUUUGCUAUAUGAUAGUAAGCUGACUCUUCUGUGGUGAAGGAUCAGGGUGAAAUGUAACUCAUCUGCACGUUAGCAGAUAAAGUCCUUAAUGUAUAGGGGCCCUCAGGUCCUUGGGAGAUACACAUAAGGAUGCUCACUUGGGUUCAGGUCCUGUUCCUUACCAUUCAAGCUAGGAACUUGGUUUAUAGCCAUUAAAAAAAUUUUUUUUUUAGUUUUUCAAGACAGGUUUUCUCUGUAUAGUCCUUGCUGUCCUUGUUAUGUAGACCAAGUCAACCUUGAACUCAGAGAUCAUCUUCCUCUUCCUCCAGAGUGCUGGGGGUAAAAGUGUGUGCCAUCACUGCCAAUGAUAAUCUUGAACCUUCUAAUCUUUUUGCCUCUUGUCACAAAAGUGUUAGAGUUAUAGGCAUGUGAACUAUUUUCAUUUAAUGCAGUUCUGGGGAUUAAACUCUAAGCCUCAUGCAUGCUAUAUAAGUACUCUACCAACUGAGCUAUAUCUCUAGCCCUUUUUUUCUUUCUAGAGAAAUUAUGAAAAAUACUUACAAAAAUACUUAAAAUCACUUUAAAAGUCUGGAAUUACUUAAUUCAUCUUGUAUGAUUAAUAACUAAACAAAACUAUACUGUGAGUUGGACUUUCUGGAUGAUUUUUCUGUUACCAGAUUUGGGGAAAGGUCUAAAGUAGAGCCUGUGCCCCAUUUGAACCCCACCCAAAAAUCUAUUUCAACCUCAAUAAAUUUAGAAAGGUUACAUUUUAAGGCUAUGUGAAGAAUGAGCUUAUAUAUGGACCAACUUCUGAUGAGAGUGUCUUGAGAGUAUCUCAGAGAGCUCACAAGCAUGAAUUCCUCUACCAAACAAGAGUAACAGAAAAGUUACAUAUUUGUUGAAACCACUAAUAAAUAGUAUUGCUCUGUAA